AAUGAACUGAUGAAUCUAAAUUAAACAAAUUGAUCAGGAUAUAGUUGAGGAAGAAGAUCAGAAGACUCUCUCAAACUCAAGCCUUGCGGGCGUUGUUCUUUAUCUUGCCUGAUACUUUGAAUAUUUCAUCGAUCACGCAGGUUAGAUGAUGAGUUCGUUUUUGAAAGGAAGCAAAAGGCAGCAACAGGAAAGAUUUCUCUUGAAUGGUAAGAUUUUAUUAAAAGAGUUGAUUGCGUCUUCUAAUGGUAAAUAUAAUCCAAUUCAUAGCUUCACUGAUAAAGAGAUCAAGAUAGCAACAAACAACUAUGAUCAACAGAAUAUUAUAACAAAGGAGGUCAUAUAUUCAUUGUACAAAGGUUUUCUACAAGAUCGACCCGUUUCUGUUAUGAAGUUUUCAGCUGAUUUCUAUGAUCAAGCCGCAUUUGGUAUUAAUAGCAUUGUAUUUGCAUCGCAAAUGGGUCACAAAAAUAUUUUGAAGUUGAUUGGAUGUUGUUUAGAGUCUGAAGUUCACAUUCUAGUUUUUGAAUCUGUGGAGUAUGGGACUCUUGCUAAUCAUAUUUAUCGCUCAUGUGAACCAUACUUUGAGCCUUUGUUAUUGACACAUAGGUUAAAGAUUGCUAUGGAGUUAGCUAAUGCAAUUGCAUAUCUCCAUUUCAAGUUCCCUCGACCCAUUGUUUUUAGAAUGGUCUCUCCAGCUACUAUUGUAUUCAAUGAAAAAUAUGUUGCCAAAUUGUGUGAUUUUUCAAACUCCAUAUCCAUGCCAGAAGGUGAAACUCACAUAGAGGAAUCAAAAGAUAGGAUUAUAGGAAUAGGGGGAUUUUUUGCACCUGAGCGUUUUACAACAGCGAGAUUUAAUGAAAAGGUGGAUGUCUAUAGCUUUGGUGUAUUGCUACUUAUUCUUUUGACAGGACAGAGAGUAGACUGUCAUUCUGGUCCUGAAACUGAAGACGAAGAUUUAUCUUUCCUGGAUCUUGUGAAGAAAUACUUUGGAAACAAUAGGCUUGAUGAGAUAGUAGAUCCCAUAAUUGUUGGAGAUGGACAAUGUCUUGAAGAAAAAGAAAAACUCCAAGCUUUUACAGAGCUUGCCCUCAAAUGUGUCUCUGAAUCCGCUGAAGAUAGGCCAACAAUGAUUGAUGUGGCAAAACAACUCAGACAAAUGUAUCGCUCUGGCACGUAAAUUUAUUUAUGAAGGGUUAACUGCACCUUCUAUGGCUAAAACCAUUUCUGGCACGUAAAUAUAUUUAUUGUUUAUGGAUUAUCUGUAGUGCAAUGUGUUGCUGCAAUUUUUGAACUGUAUGAUGCAUUUAAUUUUACAAUUAAAAACUGGAAUAUUUGUACUGUUUCAAGAAAUAAAAUAAAGUAAAAUACUUUCAAAAUAAGGUUUGCUUCACUGUAGAGCUAUUGAGAAUAGAGGACACUGUUUUUGUUUUCAGAUUUUCAUUCUUGAUUAGGGUUUCAACACAAAUGCAAUGUAUAA